GUUGCAGAGUAAUUUCAUUCUUAAUUCAGAGGGCAAUCAUGAACCCCAAGCUCUAGAUAAAUAAGGUUAUCGAGAAAAGUUGAACAGAUAAAAAGAUGAAGCUUUACAGUCUAAGUGUUCUUUACAAAGGUGAUCCCAAAGUGCACUUACUAAAAGCUGCUUAUGAUAUCUCAUCAUUUAGCUUCUUCCAGAGAUCCAGCGUUCAAGAAUUUAUGACCUUCACAAGUCAACUGAUAGUAGAGCGUUCAGAGCUUGGAAGUAGAGCUUCUAUAAAGGAACAAGAAUACCUCUGCCAUGUUUAUCUACGGAAUGAUGGUUUGGCUGGAGUGGUAAUUGCAGAUCAUGAAUAUCCAUCCCGGGUUUGUUUCACUUUGUUGGAUAAGGUCCUUGAUGAAUUCUCUAGGCAAGUUAAUAGGAUAGACUGGCCUUCUGGAACUCCAGCAACAAUAACUUACACAGCGUUGGAUGGAUACCUUAGUAGAUAUCAGAAUCCUCGUGAUGCUGACGCAAUGACAAAAGUGCAAGCCGAAUUGGAUGAGACCAAAGUGAUCCUGCACAAUACAAUGGAGUCCUUGUUAGAACGAGGAGAGAAACUGGAUGACUUAGUGGCCAAGUCAGAGAUUCUUGGAAAUCAGUCAAAAGCCUUUUACAAAACUGCCCGCAAGCAGAAUUCAUGCUGUGACAUCAUGUGACUCCAUCCACCGUGUACCUUCACCACCUGCUUUGGACUAUCUGGAUUUGAUUUGAUUUCAAGAUUCCUGGAGAGAGGGGCAACACCUACAUGUAACUACAGCAGCAGCUGUUUCCAGAUUCAGCCGUCUCAAGCCACACUGGAGGCAAGAAAUAGGCUACCAUGUUGGGGGUCCAUGAAAUUAAAACCUUAUUUGGAAAAAAAAAAAUCUUAACUUUCAUGGCAAGAGAAUAUCUGGGAUAUUAGGUUGAUGGCGCGAAGAGAGAUGAGAGUGGAUCCUGAUGCUCACACACAUUCCUGUUUUGGUCGUCGCCUGAUAAUCUGUGUGGGGAUUUGCUGCUCACCUUUCCAAAACUACAAACAGAUAAACAGACUCAUUGUGCAUACAUAAGAGUAAGAAAAAAAAAACUAUCUGGCCCUCUGAAAAUGCCUUUUUUCCAGCCUUGCACAGUAUCCUUGUGUCUUAAAAAUGUCGGAUGCUGAUUUUGGGAAGCGAAGCAAAACCCAACCUGUUUUGAACCCAUUCAGAAUUAUUCAGAGAACAUGGAUCUCUGCGUUCUGCGUGAAAGAAAGAAGG